AUGUGGACGACCGUGGGGUUUACCGUGGUCUCGGGGUUGCUGGCAGCCUUGGUGUCGGUCUUGGUGCAGCGCGGCUGGCAGGGCAAAGAUCUGAUACCACACCGCUUGGAAGAGCCCCAUGCGUUGCCGAAGGAUUUCCACAGCGGUGCCAGGAUAUUAGUUGCAAAACAGCUUGCAGAAUGGAGGCCUGCUCGCAUCUUCUUUCGUUUUCUUGAAGCAAUUGUCAACAUCGUUUGCGUCUUCGGUACUACGGUGGUGUUGCCUUACCUUUGGAUGCCAGUCGUCUUCAUGGUGAUUGUAUUUCCAGCUUGGUUCUUCGAGUGGACCUUUUGCCAACUUUGGGAACAGCCCUCACUGGCCUUUGCCCUACGCAGCCGCCGCCCGACCUUAGCCUUGGCUCGUACAGUCUUCUUGGCUGGUUUGGUGAUUGUAGUCCACUACGACGUCUUUGGUCUAGGUGUUUUGCAGAAUCCGGAGCGGCGCAUCCACAUCGGAAGUGUGAACGUAGUAGAUCCAUGGCCCUUUGGCUUCUUGUACGCCGAGUAUGUCAUGAAUGAAGACAUGGCCCAGGUGCAUUUCUGGUAUUCGUGCUUACGCUUGGGGUGCCUCUUGCUGUACAUCCUCGUGCUGACUGUCAUGGUUUUCUUCGUCUGCUGCGAUGCUCUUGCAUUCCGGGUCGGUCUGAAGGAAAAGAAGGAUGAAGCCAGAAAGGCUGAACGUGUAAUAGAGCAGAAAGGAGACGCAAUGCAAGAGCAAGCUUGGAUGGUGAAACGGCUGCGUAUGGGAAUUGACAAUGAGGGAGUGCGGCGUGAGAAUGCUUGCUGGAUCUAUUUGGAUGCUUUCUUGGUCAUUACUGACAUGUUCUCCGACAUGGUGACAAUAUAUCAAUUGCUUACGUUUCACAGGUUCGUGUUGGCCUUUUUCAUGGUCUGCAUUUUUAGCCGCAGCCUACUCCUUCAAGUCUUUUCAGGGGCGCCCUUCACCUUCUUUGCUGACGUGAGGGCGAGUGCUGAGAAAGGGAUUCGCCAUCAACAUUUCUUGGAUAUCUUGCAGGAGGAAAGGGGCUUUGAGGCAGCGUGCAGCUUGAUGCUCACGUCCUAUUCCUUUUCGGUGUGUGUGUGA